UAGAAAAAGGUUAAGCACACGCGCUGCGCACGCGUGCGAUGGAAUUCUUUAAAACUGUGUGGAGGGUCCUUCUCAACCUUUUCAUCACUCUUCUUCUACUUCACUGAAUUUACGGUAGCCAUCGUCAUCAUCAUAUUUUUUUCCCUAAAGUAUUUGAAUAGAUUUUCUUUUGUAAACUGUGUAUUUGAAAAGAUUAUUCAUCGUAAUAAGUUUUUUUUUUUUUUAUUACACAUCGUAAUAAGUUUAUUUAACUUGCAUGUAUUGAGCGACGACCUCUAGGCGUGCAGCAGACAUAUGUGAAAUCUCCGUGGCGUUUCGUAAUUUAAAGAGUGAUUAGCGUGUCGUUUUAUGUAGAGAAAAACGGCAUGGAUUUCACAUUAGAACCCGUUGUUCAACCUAAGCCCAAUAUGGAAAACGUUUAAAGAACAUAUAAAAGGUCAAUUAGUUCCUUAAUCUUCUGCUUUAGUGUAGCAACAGUAUUUACAAGUGUCGCCUUAUUAUUUCUGUUUACCAAUCAAGAAGAGAACAAGUAUUAGAAAGAAGUAAAUGACUCCUAUUAGUUAGAAAACCAAAAAAAAAACACUCUUUAAGUUGGAGAAGUUUUGAAGGAGAGGAAAAAGCCAAGAGAUGGUGCAUCCUUUGGUUGAUAGAGCCACAAGCGAUAUGCUUAUUGGUCCUGACUGGGCCAUGAACCUUGAGAUAUGUGACAUGCUUAAUCAUGAGCCUGGGCAAUAUAGAGAAGUUGUGAGUGGAGUAAAGAAAAGGCUCGCUAGUAGGACUACCAAGGUUCAGCUUUUGGCUCUUACUUUGCUGGAAACAAUGAUCAACAAUUGUGGGGAACUCAUUCACAUGCAACUUGCUGAGAAGGACAUUCUUCAUAAGAUGGUAAAGAUGGUCAAAAGGAAGCCUAACAUCCAAGUGAGGGAGAAGAUAUUGAUACUUAUAGAUACUUGGCAAGAGAGCUUCUCAGGUCCUCAAGGAAGACAUCCACAAUAUUAUGCAGCAUACCAAGAAUUGUUGCGUGCAGGAAUUGUAUUCCCUCAAAGACCUCCUCAACCCACAGUUAGUUCAGGACAAACUGGUCCCUCGACAAUGUAUAAUCAGAAUGCUCGUAACGCUAGACAAGAAGCUAAUGAUACUUCCACAGAGUCAGAGUUUCCUACUUUGAGUCUGACAGAAAUUCAAAAUGCAAAAGGGAUUAUGGAUGUCUUAGCUGAAAUGUUGAACGCAAUAGAUGAAAACAACAAAGAGGGACUUAAACAAGAGGUUAUUGUAGAUCUUGUUAGUCAAUGUCGCACCUAUAAACAAAGAGUAGUACACCUUGUAAACUCUACAUCAGAUGAAUCGUUGCUUUGCCAAGGCCUAGCCUUAAAUGAUGAUUUGCAGCGGUUACUUGCAAAGCACGAAUCCAUCGCUUCUGGAAACCCUACGCCAGUAAAGGGAGAAAAAUCUAAAAAAGAAGUUGCUAAGGAGGCAAAUCAGAUCAUAGAUGUUGGAUCAAGCAGUGAAACGAAAGAUGGUAGUAUUGUGGCUGUUGCACCAAAUGGUCCAAAGAUAGAUCUUCUUAGUGGAGAUGACUUUGAGACACCGAAUGGAGAAAACUCACUGGCACUUGUUCCUCUUGGACCUGCACAACCAAGUAGUCCUGUACCAACACCAGAUAACUCCAUGGUCUUAAUCGACAUGUUAUCAGAUAAUAACUGUGAAAGCUCUACUCCAACUUCGAGUCCACACUCGCAUAAUCAGAUGGUGCCACAAAACUACUCAAAUGGAUUUGGACAAGGGUCAUCUGGUCCUGUCUGGAAUCUCCAAAUUACCCAGCAACCAUCUUCUCCUGCAUACGGAAACCAAAACCAACCCUUUUCACCUACCUUUAGCCCGCCCAUCUCACCGCACUAUGGUGGACAAAACAACAAUGUGUUAGCACUACCACCACCACCAUGGGAAGCUCAAUCUCCAAGCUCUAGUCCUCACUACUCUCCUACUCACCCGAUGCAAGUGACUCAAGUUGUCAUCACCACGCACACUCAUCAACCGCUAGGUUACAACCCUCAAGGUGGCUCUCCUCACGCUUUCAACAACAACCCUCAAGGUGGCUCUCCUCACGCUUUCAACAACAACCCUCAAGGUGGCUCUCCUUAUGCUAUCAACAACAACAACAAUAACAUGUUCGGUAUGAUCCCCCCUCCAAUGACAGGAGGCCACAUGCAACCCUUAGGCCAUCACAAUCCUGCUGCCAUGUACGGAGGCUACGGAGGACAGCCUCAGCCACCACAACAGUAUUUUGGAGAACAACAAAUGUACGGAGGCUAUGGAGGACAACCUCAGCUAUCACAAGAGCAGCUUGUAGAACAACAAAUGUAUGGAAUGUCACUUCAAGACAAUGGAGCCAGCAAUGCCAACCCCUACCAAGUGUCUUCUCAUCCUUCGGGUCUUAAUUAUCAGCAACCAAUGAUGAAACCUGUGAACAAGAAACCAGAGGACAAGUUGUUUGGAGAUCUUGUUGAACUCUCCAAGUCAAAGAAACCUACUGAACGAGCCGGUAGUAUGUAAAACCCCACUGUUUCACCAUUUUUCAUAGAGUUUUCAAUUUUAAUGUUGACUUUAUACAAUUUCUUAGAAAAUAAUUCUGAAAGUUUUCUUUUGUCGCCAAAAGUGAAUAAUAUCAUCAUUUUCAUUGGAUA